AUGGAAGGCAGCACGGAGGUCGUCGAGCAAAGCCAGCUGGACGAUACCAUUUACGAUGCAAGCUCCGUAGACGAGCUUUCCGGAGCAGGAUCGUCGCCACGUUGUGUGACACCUGCAGUCACAGAACCAGAUAGGUCAAGGUACAGCGGGGAUACCGACCAAGAGGCAGCAUUUCAUACUAAAAGGCAAGUAGUUGCAUUAGGAUCACUUAAAAAGUCCGCAUGCAUGCGUGCUAUCUAUCCACAGAUAUGUGAAUUUGUAGCACAGCGUGUGAUUGACAAUGUAAACUUAAAUUUUCUCCUCUGGGUGAACAGGCCACGUAAGAUCCCCAGACUGUCAUCCACUGAUUCCAGAUCUGCACAAUCAGUGUCGCAUGUCGACAUAGCGUCAGAGUGUCUUCAGCAACUGCGUGCAGUCAAAUCAUCGCAAUCAUCGAAAGAAGCACACGACCUACCAUACUUCUUCAGUAUGACAAUUGCCCAACAACUGCGUCUACUGAAUACGCAUCAGCAGAUAGUGCAAUAACGGCGCUACAAAAGGUCAUGCAUGACAAAGUGAAGGAAGCAAAGCAGGAAAGAGACAUGUGUCAAAAUUAGCUUCGUUGCUGAAUUUUGCCUAAUACAAGGACCCUCAGUAUCCUAUAA